AUGGCCUUAGAGCCGACCAAAUCGCCAACGGAGCUCGUAAAAACAACGGAAGACGAGCAACUAAAGACAGCACAUUUUGGAGAGUUUCAGGGAAUUAUCAACAAUAGAGGGCGCUUUGUACAACCACCCUCUCACAGUACAAACCACCCUCUCACAGUACAAACCACCCUCUCACAGUACAACCACCCUCUCACAGUACAACCACCCUCUCACAGUACAACCACCCUCUCACAGUACAACCAUCCUCUCACCGUACAACCACCCUCUCACAGUACAACCACUCUCUCACAGUACAACCGCCCUCUCACAGUACAACCAUCCUCUCACGGUACAACCACCCUCUCACAGUACAACCACUCUCUCACAGUACAAACCACCCUCUCACAGUACAACACCCUCUCACAGUACAACACCUCUCACAGUACAACCCCCUCUCACAGUACAACCACCCUCUCACACUACAACCACCCUCUCACAGUACAACCACCCUCUCACAGUACAACCACCCUCUCACAGUACAACCAUCCUCUCACAGUACAAACCACCCUCUCACAGUACAACCAUCCUCUCACAGUACAACCACCCUCUCACAGUACAACCACCCUCUCACAGUACAACCACCCUCUCACAGUACAACCACCCUCUCACAGUACAACCACCCUCUCACAGUACAACCACCCUCUCACAGUACAACCACCCUCUCACAGUACAACCAUCCUCUCACAGUACAACCACCCUCUCACAGUACAACCACCCCCUCACAGUACAACUACCCUCACACAGUACAACCACCCUCUCACAGUACAACCACCCUCUCACAGUACAACCACUCUCUCACAGUAUAACACCCUCUCACAGUACAACCACCCUCUCACAGUACAACCACCCUCUCACAGUACAAACCACCCUCUCACAGUACAACCACCCUCUCACAGUACAACCACCCUCUCACAGUACAAACCACCCUCUCACAGUACAACCACCCUCUCACAGUACAACCACCCUCUCACAGUACAACCACCCUCUCACAGUACAAUCACCCUCUCACAGUACAACACCCUCUCACAGUACAACACCCUCUCACAGUAUCAUCACCCUCUCACAGUACAACCAUCCUCUCACAGUACAACACCCUCUCACAGUACAACCUCCCUCUCACAGUACAACCAUCCUCUCACAGUACAACCACCCUCUCACAGUACAAACCACUCCCUCACUGUACAACCAUCCUCUCACAGUACAACCACCCUCUCACAGUACCGCCAUCCUCUCAUAGUACAAACCCCCUCUCACAGUACAACCACCCUCUCACAGUACAACCACCCUCUCACAGUACAACACCCUCUCACAGUAUAA